AUGGGCUGCCUCUCAAGGCUGGGAGCCCCUCGCGCCCGCUCUACAACGACCUCCUCGGCGUCAAGAAUAGCAGCCUUCUCGACGACGGCGCCGCAAUGCAAGCGGAAGACGAAAGACAACAACAAGAAGCGCGGCGUCAGUAGCCUGUACGGCUCGGGCCCCCGCGAGCACCUGUCAAUGUCGGACGUGCCGCUGCCGAAACCGCGCGACUUCAAGCCCAAAAUUGCCGUCGACGAGAACCACGGCCUGUGGGGCUUCUUCCCGGCUCCUGGCAAGGCGCUGUGGACGCCCAAGGAGACGGAGGAACACGGCCGGGCCUGGUCGGUCGAGGAGCUGCGUAGGAAGUCGUGGGAGGACCUGCACGCCCUGUGGUGGGUAUGCUGCAAGGAGCGCAACAUGCUGGCGACGUCCAAAGUUGAGUUGUCGAGGGGGAAGCUGGGCUUUGGCGAGAGGGAAAUCGAGAUGCGCGACGAGGAGGUACAAAAGACGAUGCGAGCCAUCAAGCAUGCCUUGACGGAGCGAUACUACACGUGGCAGGACGCCGUGGACGUGGCCCGGUCGGACCCGGAGAUCGACUUUGAGUCCCGCGAUGGGCAGGUGUACAAGCCGUCGGCGUACGAGGACGACCUGGAGGCGUCGGAGAGUUGGGCGGCGGAGGCGGAUAGUCAGGCAGCGGCAGCCGAGGCUGGAAAGCUGCAAAAGGAGGCAACCCGGUAG